ACUUGGCCCCACGGAGAGCAGAGGAAGAGGACGAUGGGCUGCCUGGGGAUCAUGCUGCUGCUUUGCCUCACCUUCCUCCUUCAGGAGACCCCUCCAUCUGCUCAGGCGGAGGAGCUGUAUUUCCCACGGUCUUCGUCUGGCCUGAGGCGGCAAAAGAGAGACUGGGUCAUCCCGCCGAUUCUUUGCUCGGAGAAUGAGAGGGGCCCUUUCCCCAAGAAGCUGGUGGAGAUCAAGUCCAGCAAAGAGAAAGAGGAGACCGUCUACUACAGCAUCACUGGGCAGGGGGCCGACAUCCCUCCAGUCGGCACCUUCACCAUCCAGAGGGAGACCGGCUGGCUGAUGGUGACUCGCCCGCUGGACAGGGAGACGAUUCCCCGCUACCAGCUCUUUUGCCAUGCGGUGUUCGCCAAUGGCCAGACGGCAGAGGGACCCAUGGAGGUGAUCAUCAACAUUAGUGACCAGAAUGACAACCGUCCCGUCUUCACGCAGAGCGUCUUCCGAGGGUCCGUGGAAGAGGGAGCGAAGCCAGGAACGUCGGUGAUGACAGUGACGGCCACGGAUGCAGACGAUGCCGUAGACUCCUAUAAUGGGGUCGUCACUUACUCCAUCCUCAGCCAGAAACCGGAGCCGGACAGACGGAUGUUUACCAUCAAUAAGGAAACCGGCAUGAUCAGCGUGGUUGUGUCAGGUCUGGACCGAGAGAGGAUCCCCCAGUACACCCUGGUUCUCCAAGCGGUUGACAUGCAGGGAAACGGCUUAAGCACCACUGGGACGGCUGUGAUUACCAUCACCGAUGCAAACGAUAACCCGCCGAUCUUCAACCCCUUCAUGUACAACGUGAUUGUGCCGGAGAAUGAGGUGGGGGCCCCGGUUGCCACCCUGAAGGUCACAGAUGCAGAUGAAGAGAACAGCUCAGCUUGGAAAGCCAAGUACAGCAUUGUGAAAGGGAACGAGGAGGCUAACUUUGCGGUCACUACUGACCCGGGCACCAACGAUGGUCUUUUGACUACGGCAAAGGAACUGGAUUAUGAGGCCAAAAAGCAGUAUAUUCUCCACGUGAUCGUAGUGAACGAGGCUGAAUUCUCGGUCCAGCUCUCGACCUCCACGGCCACCGUCAUCGUCAAUGUGAGCGAUAAAAACGAACCCCCGGUCUUCCUCCCCACCGAACUGAAGGUGUCACAGCCUGAAGAUCUUCCCAUUGGACACUCGAUAGCGGAGUACCCAGCCCAGGACCCAGACAAGUUCAUGGAUCAGACCCUCAGGUACUCGGUGAGGAGCGACCCAGCUGGCUGGCUGAAAAUUGACCCUGAAACCGGCCUGAUUACGUCAAGAGCCGCCCUAGACCGAGAGUCAGAUUUUGUGAAGGAUAAUAUCUACAAAGCCAUAAUUGUGGCAAGUGACAGUGGAAACGAGCCGGCCACCGGCACAGGGACUCUCCUUUUGCAUCUGGAGGAUGUGAAUGACAACCGCCCCGUCUUCACGCAGAGCGUCUUCCAAGGGUCCGUGGAAGAGGGGGCGAAACCAGGAACGUCGGUGAUGACAGUGACGGCCACGGAUGCAGACGAUGCCGUAGACUCCUAUAAUGGGGUUGUCACUUACUCCAUCCUCAGCCAGGAACCGGAGCCGGAGAGACGGAUGUUUACCAUCAAUAAUGGAACCGGCCUCAUCAGUGUGUUUGUGUCAGGUCUGGACCAAGAGAAAGCCCCCAAGUACACCCUGAUUGUGCAAGCUGCAGAUAUGAUGGGCCAGGGCCUUUCCACCACUGCAACCGCAGUGAUCCAGGUUGCCAGUCCCAGCGAGGGCCACCACACAUCCCUGAGCGUCCAUGCACUGAACGUGCUCACUGGCCUUCCUGCCACCGGCCUGGCUUUCCACCUCUCUCGGCUCCCAGCCCCCAACCAGGCCUGGAUGGAACUAAUGACCAGCGCAACCAGCACGGACGGCUGCAUGGACAGGAGCAAGUUGGCCUCCCUGCCGCUGGAAAGUGGCACCUACAAGCUGCACUUUGCCACCGGAGAGUACUGGCAGCAACAGGGCCUCACCAGCUUCUACCCUUACGUGGAAGUGGUCUUCACCCUCACGGGGGCCGAAGAAAAGGUGCACAUCCCGCUGCUGCUCAGCCCCUAUUCCUACGUGACCUACUGGGGGAACUAGUGCGAGAGGCACGGCUUCCCUCCGGAGGGCUGCUUUGGGAUCCGGGACCGCCCCCGAGGCCAGCUGUGAGGCCGGCUCAGGCUGUCCUCUGAGGAAAGCCAAGACUAAUAAAGGAUCUACCUUGAAA